AUGACAUCGGAAGCUGCUGACGCGCAUCCCUCGGCCACUCCGGUAAAUGAUGCUUGUGACCCAGUGGAUGAUGGAAGUCAACCAGCAUCGGAAGCCGCAAGCACUGCCACGAGCCCAGCCCCUGGGAUGGUCUUGCCGGCGCCGGGGAAGAAGAAGUCAGGGAGGAGGCCCAGGCGGAAAAAGAAGCCACAUGCGCCGGGUUCCCAGGCUGAACAUGGGCAGGGGAUGCCAAAGCACCAAAACCGACCAGGCCGUACUUCAUCGUCAGCACAGGGGCUGCAUCAGCAACAGCAGCAAAGGCAAGAGAAGCGACAAAAUUCACCAUCGCGAAAAGACCAACAUACAAACGCCUCCGCUGCCCACGCGCAGUCCAAGGCGGCGCCAAAACCAGGACCACCAAGGGCCGCAAGCGAGAUCAACAAGUCGCUUUCCGUCGCCAUGAUGGCUAGCCCUCUCUUCCCUCUGCCGUUCCCGUUGAUGCCGGUCCUGGGCGCGACUUUGCUCGCUGGUCAGGGAAAGCCUUGUAGUGAGAGAAAGAAAGGCGACGGCACGGACGUCAAGCCGGGCAAUGGAUGA